CUGGUGAUUUACGAGGCGGUGUCGGUUUGGGCCGGUGGCCCGUGGGUCUAUAUAUAGUGCCUCCUCGGCCGUGAGUCGGGGAGCUGGACAGGCUUGAGGAGGGGACUCAGCUGUGCUGUCCGGCCGGAGCCUGGAGCGGGUCAGCUGGGCCGGUGCCACUUGUCCUGCGGGCCGUCGUCCCUUCUCUGGGGUGUGAACCAAGAUGUCGCUUGUCGCUCUGCCCUUCUACCAGAAGAGACACAGACACUUCGACCAGUCGUACCGGAACAUUCAGACGCGGUACCUUCUGGAUGAGUACGCGGCAAAGAAGUACCAGUCCCUGGUGGCUUCGUACGGAGAGGCCAGGCGGCAGCGCUUCCUCAGGGAGCUGGCCGAGAUGGAGGGGAACGUGCACGAGGCCCGUUUGCAGGCUCGGGAGAAGCUGGACAGACACGCCGUGGAGCAGGUGGUGGGUGGCGCGGUGGCUCCUGCGGGGCGGGUCACGGCGGGUCCUCGGGGUGAGCGCGCGCCGGAGAUCCUGGUGCGGCUGCGCUCGCACACGGUGUGGGAGCGGACGUCCGUGCGGCUGUGCUUCACGGUGCAGGGCUUCCCCACGCCCGUCGUGCAGUGGUACAAAGACGGGAGCCUGCUCUGCCAGGCCGCCGAGCCCGGCAAGUACAUCAUCGACGGCAAGUACGGGGUGCACACGCUGGAGAUCAACAGGGCCAGCUUCGAUGACACCGCGACCUACUCAGCGGUGGCCACCAACGCGCACGGCCAGGUGUCCACGCACGCGGCGGUGGUGGUAAAACGCUUCCGAGGGGACGAGGAGCCGCUCCGUUCUGUGGGACUCCCGAUCGGACUGCCCCUGUCGUCCGUGGUUCCAUACACGCACUUCGACGUCCAGUUUUUGGAGAAAUUUGGGGUCACGUUCAGAAGAGAAGGCGAGACUGUCACUCUCAAGUGCACGCUGCUGGUGACCCCGGACCUGAAGCGCGUGCGGCCGCGGGCCGAGUGGUACCGAGACGACGUGCUCCUCACGGAGUCCCAGUGGACGAAAAUGUUCUUCGGGGAGGGCCAGGCCUCCUUGUCCUUCAGUCACCUGCACAAGGACGACGAGGGCCUCUACACCCUGAGGAUCGUGUCCCGAGGCGGCGUCAGCGACCACAGCGCCUUCCUGUUCGUCCGAGAUGCUGACCCGCUGGUCAUGGGGGCUCCUGGCGCACCCAUGGACGUGCGGUGCCACGACGCAAACAGAGAUUAUGUCAUCGUCACCUGGAAGCCGCCCAACACGACCACCGAGGGCGCCGUCAUCGGCUAUUUCGUUGACCGGUGUGAAGUGGGGACCGACAGCUGGGUGCAGUGCAACGACGCCCCCGUGAAGGUCUGCAGAUACCCCGUCACCGGGCUCCGCGAAGGCCUCUCCUACACGUUCCGCGUGAGGGCCGUCAACAGCGCGGGCGUCAGCCGGCCGUCCAGGAACUCUGACGCCAUGGCCGCCCUCGACCCCGUCGACACGAGGACACUUAGGGCGGUCCACUUGGAGGGGGACAAAGAAAUUGUGCUCUACCAGGACGACCUGGAAGGCGACGUCCAGAUUCCAGGCCCCCCCACCAACGUGCACGCCUCCGAGAUCAGCAGAACGUAUGUCGUCCUCAGCUGGGACCCACCCGUGCCCCGCGGCAAGGAGCCGCUGAUGUACUUCGUGGAGAAGUCCAUGGUCGGGAGUGGCAGCUGGCAACGGGUCAACGCCCAGGUGGGCGUGAGGUCCCCUCGAUACGCCGUCUUCGACCUUGCCGAGGGGAAGCCAUAUGUGUUCCGAGUUCUGUCUGCAAACAAGCACGGCCUGAGCGAGCCGUCGGAAAUCACGCCCCCCAUCCAGGCUCAGGACACCGUCGCCGCUCCUUCUGCUCCUGGCCGGGUCUUCGCGUCCCGUGACACGAAGACGUCUGUGGUGGUGCGGUGGGACAGGCCGAGGCAGGACGAGGACCUGCUGGGCUACUACGUGGACUGCUGCGUGGCAGGGUCCAACAUCUGGGAACCGUGCAACCACAAGCCCAUUGGCUACAACAGGUUCGUGGUGCACGGCCUGACGCCUGGCGAGCAGUACAUCUUCCGGGUCAAGGCGGUGAACGCCGUGGGGACCAGCGAGAACUCGCAGGAAUCAGAUGCCAUAAAGGUCCAGGCCCCCCUCACCGUCCCCUCCCACCCGUACGGGGUCACGCUCCUCAACUGCGACGGCCACUCCAUGACCCUCGGCUGGAAGGUCCCCAGAUUCAGCGGCGGUGCGCCCAUCCUCGGUUAUUUCGUAGACAAGCGCGAGGCCCAUCACCAGAACUGGCAUGAGGUCAAUUCCGCACCCGUCCAAGACAGGGUCCUGAAGGUGGAGGACUUGACGGAAGGCUCAUUAUAUGAGUUCAAGAUUGCGGCCAGCAACGUGGUGGGGGUCGGGCAGCCCUCGGACCCCAGCGAGCUCUUCAAGUGCGAGGCCUGGACGGCGCCGGAGCCUGGCCCUGCCUACGACCUGACGUUCUGCGAGGUGAGGGACUCGUCGCUGGUCUUGCUGUGGAAAGCGCCCGUGUACACCGGCGGCAGCCCCGUGUCUGGCUACUUGGUGGACUACCGGGAAGGCGACUCCGGCGAGUGGGUCACCGCCAACGAGGCGGCCACCGCAAACCGCUACCUAAAGGUGACGUCCCCCACCCCCCGCCCCAUCGCCCCUGGGAGCAGGUGUUUGGCCCCCAGGAGCAGACCAGCACGGGGGACUGGGGAGGAGGGGGCCUCAGCACUGCGCGUCUGCAGAGUGACCGCAAGCGGCACCAAGGAGGUGAGCGUCGGGGUGGAUGAGCAGGGCGACAUCUACCUGAGCUUCGACUGCCCGGAGGUGACCGACGCCUCGCGCUUCACGUGGUGUAAAUCCUACGAGGAGCUGGCCGACGACGAGAAGUUUCGCGUGGAGACCGUGGGGGACCACUCCAAGCUGUACUUGAAGCAUCCGGAUAAAGCGGACUUGGGGACUUACUCCGUGUCUGUGAGUGACACGGAUGGAGUGUCGUCCAGUUUCGUCUUGGAUGAGAAAGAGCUCGAACGUUUGAUGGCACUGAGCAACGAGAUAAAGAACCCCAUAAUUCCUCUGAAGUCGGAAUUAGCCUACGAGAUUUUCGACAAGGGCCAGGUUCGCUUCUGGCUGCAGGCCGAGCAUUUAUCACCCGACGCCAGCUACCGGUUUAUCAUCAACGAUCGGGAAGUGCCUGACAGCGAGACACACAGAAUUAAAUGUGACAAAUCAACUGGCAUUAUUGAGAUGGUGAUGGAUCGUUUCACUAUUGAGAAUGAAGGUACCUACACAGUGCAGAUUCACGACGGAAAAGCCAAAAAUCAAUCUUCUUUGGUUCUUAUUGGAGAUGCAUUCAAGGCCGUCCUAGAUGAGGCCGAAUUUCAAAGGAAAGAAUUUCUCAGGAAACAAGGCCCCCAUUUUGCUGAGUAUCUGCACUGGGACGUCACAGAAGAGUGUGAAGUUCGCCUCGUCUGUAAGGUCGCAAACACCAGGAAGGACACAGUUUUCAAGUGGCUGAAGGACGACGUUCUGUAUGAGACCGAGAGUCUGCCCGACUUGGAGAGGGGCGUCUGCGAGCUGCUGAUACCCAAGUUGUCCAAGAAGGACCACGGCGAAUAUAAGGCGACCUUGAAGGACGAGCGCGGCCAGGACCAGACCGUCCUGGAGAUCGGGGGCAAAGUGUACGACGACAUGAUUUUGGCAAUGAGCAGAGUCUGCGGAGCCUCUGCUUCCCCGCUGAAGAUCCUCUGCACCCCAGAGGGGAUCCGACUGCAGUGCUUCCUGAAGUAUUACAGCGAAGCCAUGAAGGCGAACUGGUAUCACAAAGACGCAAAGAUCGCGUCUAGCGAGCACAUGAGGGCUGGAGGGAGCGAGGAGAUGGCCUGGCUGCAGAUCUGCGAGCCCACCGAGAAGGACAAAGGAAAAUACACCUUCGAGAUCUUUGACGGCAAAGAGAAUCAUCAGCGCUCGCUGGACCUGUCAGGCGCAGCGUUCGACGAAGCACUCGCCGAAUUCCAGCAACUCAAGGCGGCUGCUUUUGCAGAGAAAAACCGCGGCAAGGUGGUUGGGGGCUUACCUGACGUGGUGACCAUAAUGGAAGGCAAGACCUUGAACCUGACGUGCACGGUGUGCGGCGACCCCGCCCCCGAGGUGACGUGGUUCAAGAACGACAAGGACAUCGAGCUCGGCGAGCACUUCUCCGUGCAGGUGCAGCAGGCCAAGCACGUCAGCGUGACCAUCAAGGGCGUCACCGCCGAGGACUCGGGCAAGUACAGCCUCAGCGUCAAGAACAAGUACGGCGGCGAGAAGAUCGACGUCACGGUCAGCGUGUACAAGCUCGGGGAGGAGACGCCCGUCGACUGCAUUCGCCGCCUCCUGCGAAACGGUGGGUCAGGCGCAGGUCCCCGCCGGUAG